AUGAAUGAUUUAUAUGAUGGUUUGCCUCCUGCAUCAUCUCAAAGUAAUUUCCAAGAAUGUUCACUUAUUAAAUUAGACUGGAACAUAGUCGAAGAAAACUCUGAGAUAUAUAAAAUAAAUAGUGAAUCACCAGAUAAUAUCACCAUAUAUAAGGAAUCUUUAAAUAACGACUGCAAAAUACCUAAAGAGGAUACUAGUGAACAAUAUAUAGAUAAAACUGAUCUUAUAAAUAUUACUCCUAGUACAGAGUAUGAUCCAACAGUACCAAAUAUUUACGAUGAUAUAGCUCAAAGGAGUAACGAAAUAAAAUCUAGUUAUAUUAUUAAUAAUAACAAUAUAAAUUCUUCUAUGUCAAUUGGUCAGAAAUUAAUGGAACGAAUGGGAUGGAAACAGGGACAAGGUCUUGGAAAAGAUGAACAGGGUAUAACAGUCCCACUUAUAGCUAAGAAGUUGAAUAAGCAAAGUGGUAUCAUUAUAUGUGACACAAAAACAAAAUAA